AUGGCAAAUGCAGACCGCCAGCAAAGAAGACGCCAAAGUGAGAACGAUGGCCAGCGGUCUGCAAGACUACUGGAGAACUCACAACGCCAGCAAAGGAGACGCCAAAGUGAGAACGAUGAACAGCGGUUUGCAAGACUACUGGAGGACUCCAACGCCACCAGAGGCUACGACAAAAUGAGAACGAUGAGCAGCGAUCUGCCAGACUGCUGUCAAAUGCUCAACGUGAACAAAGGCGGCGCGAAAAUGAGAGUUCUGAGCAACGUUCAGCAAGACGCCCUGCAAACGCUGAGCGCCAACGAUUGCAACGACAGAAUGAACCAGAAGAACAGCGCGCUGAACGCUUACGCAACGACUCCGAAAGACAUAUUCGCCGUAAUGCCGCUCCUGAAAUGA